UUUGACCUCUAAUUUUGCUGAACUGUACAUUGUAUUUUCUAUUUAAGCUUGGAAACAAACUUUAAAAUGUUACACUUCUCUGACUUUUGCCUCAGAUUAUUGUGUCCAAAAUGUUUCUUAAAUUUUGUGCGUGUUUUCUUGUUGGGUUCGCUGUAGCCUCGAACCCAGGCUGGAGAGAUGACAACGAAUACACCUACACAAUCCAAGGAAGAACCGUAGCUGGUUUACAAGAUGUCAGCGAUCAACAUUCCGGUAUUUUGCUUAGAGCUAAACUGACCGUACGACCGGUGUCAGAUGAAAAUCUGAUGGCGAAAAUAAGCAAUGCUAAAUAUUCCCAAAUCCACACUAAAAUGCCUGAAGGUUGGAACAGCUAUAUCCCCGACUCCCAAUUGGAAUGGAAAACCCUGGAUAUCAGCGAAAAGUAUUUCAAAAUCGUGAUGACCAACGGUGUGGUGCAGGAUGUGAUAGUCGACCAAGAAAUCUCCAACUGGGAGUCCAAUGUAAUCAGAAGUAUUGUGAGUCAAUUCCAACUCGACACUAAAGCCCAAAACAUCAUUCCCAGCCCAGUCAACACUCUUCCCGAUGGUAAUAGCAACACAGCUACCUUUAAAACCAUGGAGGAUACAGUAACUGGUAACACAGAAACUUUGUACGACAUCCACUUGCUUCCAGAAUACGUUCUCCAAAAUAAGCCAUGGUUGGCCCAAAAAUACGAUCAAAAAUCCAACGAGCAAGUCAUCGAGAUCGUGAAACACAAAAACUACACCAACGGUGCCGAAAGGCCUUCCUAUCACUUCGGUUUGUUCAACAUGGGUUAUAUGGAGCCCACCUCCAACACAAUGGGCCAAUUCUUCACAAGAUCGUCACUAAGCAGAGUUAUUAUUACCGGAAGUCUUAAUCGCUUCACCAUUCAAAACAGUUUUACUGUGAAUAAGCUGGUUAUGAGACCCACUUUAGUCGACGAUCAAAAGGGCUCCGUUGUGAGCAUGAUGAACAUAACUUUGACAGAGAUCGAGAAAAAAUCCGAAAAACCACAAGACGUUAAGCACCCAAUUUCCCUUGGUAAUUUGGUGUACAGAUACAACAAACCCUAUGGUGAUAACAAAGUGCGCUCAGCUAACCAAUUCGAUCACCAAGAAGAAGAAUUAAUAACCAGUGAGGAAUCUUUGUUAAACCAAGGUAGAUUCCGCAGAAACAGCGAGUUAAGUCAAAAACUAUUCAACGAUUUAAUCUACGCGUCUCUUCGCGAAAGAUACGCUCAAGUACAAGAAAACAACGAUCUUCAUCUUGCCCCAGAAGCUCCACUAUUGCCUUACACCAUGGCUUUUAAGGGAUCCAGCAUCAAACAAGAUAAAAACUUUAAUAUCGUCGAAACUGCACGUAAACUGAGUCGCGAUAUCGGCCAUGACGUUCAAAAUCCAGAAGCUAUGCUUGAAGAAGAUACACUGGCUAAAUUUACAACCCUUGCUUCUUUGUGUCGCGUUAUGGAUGCCGAGGAGUUGAGAGAAGUCGCCGACGAAGUAUACAGUAAAGAAGAAACUGGUCCUAGACAUGGUGCUUGGGUGGCUUUCAGGGACGCUCUGGCAGAAACUGGCACAGGACCUGCUUUAUUGACCGUUCAAAAAUUGAUUCAAUCAGGCAAAUUGCAAGGCGAUGAAGCUAUGAAUGUCAUCAGUACCAUGGCCUUGGCGGUUCGUGAACCAACUUUGGAAUACAUGCGUACCUUUUACACCAUCUGCCAAGAAAGUCAAGGUGAAUUACGCGAGUCUGCCCUCUUAUCCUUUACAAACCUUCUACGUAAAGUAUUCGUAAGUAAAAACCAGUCUCACAACAAAUACCCCGUGCAUAGCUUUGGCUCUUUCCGCACCGAAGAAGGUAAACUUUUCACCACCAAAACCGUCAUUCCUAACCUUCAAGAACAACUCAACAAAGCCAUCCAGAAAGGUAAUUCCCACGAAAUCCUCAUCUUAACCCGUGCUAUCGGCAACAUCGGUCACCGCGAUAUUCUUCAAGUGUUUGAACCUUACCUCGAAGGUCACAAGCAAUGCUCGCAAUUCCAACGUUUAUGGAUGGUCGUAGCUUUGGACAAGCUUGUCAAAAUUGAUGCUGUGCGCGCCAGGUCCGUCCUUUACAAAAUUUAUCAAAACAUGGGCGAAACUCCAGAAAUCAGAGCGACCGCCGUCUUUCAAAUUAUGCGCACUGCUCCUCCAGCCAACUUACUGCAACGUAUGGCCGAAUACACCAAUAUUGACACCUCCAAGAUGGUUAAUGCUGCCGUUAAAUCUUCCAUUGAGCAUGCUGCUUCUCUACAUGGAAAAGAAUUUGAACAACUAAGAGACGGUGCCAAAUCAGCGAUGGGUCUUCUUAGCAGAGAAGAUUUUAGCCUCCAUCAAGCCGGAAACCACAUCCGCACCUUCGUUUUUGAAGAACUCAACAUGCUCUACAAAAAUACGUUGCAAUACGUAGGCGAUAAAAACUCUUGGUUCCCAAAAAUGUUGAAAUUCGCUUUCCGCUCCAGCAAUGCCGGCAUUAGGCGGCAAUGGGCUGUUGUUAAUGCUUUGGUAUCCAGCGUUGAUGAAUUAUGGAAUGUUGUAGAGCAAGGAACUGAGGAAUACAAAAAAUCGCGCCAAUCUUUAAACAAUGGAAAGAAGAAUCAAUGGUCGAGUGCCAAUAUUGCAAGAUUGUUGAAUUUGAAAGCUGACGAACGGGAACAACUCGAAGGUUUGUUGAACAUUGAGAUUGGAUCCUUGCAAAAGUUGAUUACUUUUGACAAUAAAACAUUGGAGCACUUGCCCAGCUUGAUUAAGGCUUUGGAACAACAGUACGAAGAAGGAAAAACUUUCCGCACAACUAAAUUCUCCAACAGAGAUGAGAUUGCUUUCUCAUUCCCCACUGAAAUGGGUUUCCCAUUCUUGUACACCUACGAUAAACCCACGUUAGUGAGUGUAAGGGGGGUAUCACAAGCAUCAAGCAAACCUAAAAUUGUAAACGACAAACAUAUUAGAUUGCCCGAAUCAGUGACCGGCAAAGUUGAUUUGCACCUUGUUGUUUCCACCAAGAUCAAGGGAAAAUUGUCUUUCAUCACUCCAUUUGACCACGAGCAAUACAGCGCUGGCUACGAUAGAGUAUACCAAGUAAAUAUUCCACUACGUGCCAAAAUGGAUUUGGACGUUAAGGAGCAACAAGUCAAAUUCGAAGUGGAACCAUUAAAGACCGACUACGAAAAAGUUUAUCUCUUUCACGUAAGUUCCUGGCCUUAUACAUCUGUACACAACAUCAUGAGUCCAUUGCCAUUAUCUCGCACCAACCGCCAAAUAAUGCAGAACGAACAAAGAAACAUUGACACAAUUUUCGGCAAAAAGUCCACCGGGAUGGCAUUACAUCUAAAAGGCAACUACGAAAAUAUGCCAGAUUUAACUUGGUUUAACAUCCUGCAAAAAGCCAUGCAAGGACAAUGCGCUUUCCUCCAAAACCAAAUGCAACACGCCAUAUAUGACAUAACCUAUAUCCCCAAAGAAUCCUCCACCAAAAAACUCGCCAUCCACUUUGGAACUCAACACAAAUACAAAUCCAAGAACAACGACGAUAAACACGAUUUAAGUCACUUAUAUAACAGCCCGCAUCAAUCCAUGGCACGCGAACAGGAUUUCGAACGCAAAUCUGGAUCAAGCAUGCGCAAUGCUGACAUCGCUUCCUACGACGCCACCUUCGAUUUUCAAGGCCACGAUAACUUCAAGUACACAUUCACCGGAGCCGUUGCGAAGAGCAACGUCGAUCCAACCUCCAGAGUGUUGUUCUACUUCAAAAAAUACUCCAACAGUCAGGACAAACACCCCUACCAGUUCGCCAUAAGCGCCAAAAUGCACAUUCCAAACAAAAACGAGUUGAGCGUUGAGGAUGCCCUUAAAAACGAACCAAACGCCAACGCGCAAGUUUACAUGGCGUUUGGUCGCGAAUAUCAAACCUCACCGAAAAUCAAAGCUGAAAUUGAAUUUAGCAGAAAUCCAAGCACCAAGCAGAACAUCAUCAAGCAUCCCACCUACCAGAAAUGCAAAGAAGAGAUGGCUGCCGGGAACAAGCAGCUCCACGCAUGCGCCGAAUUGACCAAGUGGGCCAACAGAAUGGAUGUUAUGCGUGUAAAAUUGCACCACCAUAAUGUAAAUGAGGAGCUUUCUACAUUAACCAGAAGUUUGUACGAUGUGUUGCGGUUUAACUACGAAUCCAUGGUGCAGAUUGAGCAGUUGGAAAAAGAUCACGCUGAAGAGUUCUUGUACGAGUUCAGGGCUAACCCAGAUUGGAGAUCAGUUAAUGCUUCAUUAAAAAUGCAAGGUCAACAUAUCACCGUUGAUGAUGUCAAAGUAAACCUAGGCUAUUUAGUGAAACAACACGAAGUCACUUGCUUGGUUGAUGAAACCGCUAUUAAAACUUUCAAUGACAAAAUUCAUGAUAGCACCAUGGACGAAAAGUGGACCGUAUUGUUCCAAUACGUACCACAAAGGGCUAGGAAUCAAAAGCACAGGCUUUCAGUUGAAGAACAAUUAAGAAACGAAAUGGAAAAUUUCGUCGUGCUCGGGCGCCAAGUCGACAAAACCCGCAAAGAAGUCAAAAUCACAUUCAACACACCUGAAACCCAAGGCGAAACAGUCGAAGUCAACAUGAAAACUACUGGGCACUCUGUCAAGGUUAUCGUUGACGGACAAGAAGUUAAAAUUACCGAUGAUGAAAGCUACGAUGUCAAACACGGUUUGAUGGAGGUAUACAUGUUGAACAACGGAGAAAUCAAAAUGGUGAUUAAAAACCGCUUUGCUGUUAUCUUUGAUGGUUCCAGAGUUAAAAUUACCAUGAUCAACUUGAAGUUCAGCAGCUCCAUCAGAGGAAUCUGCGGUCAGUACGAAGAAAACCUCGAUAAAGAUCAAAUCACAAGCGAAAAAUGCGUACACAGAGAUUUCAACAAAUUAAUCGAAAGCUACAGGGUUGAAGAAGGCAAACAACGCAACUCCAUCCAAGACCGCCAACACUGCUCCGACAUCCACGAGGUCCUCUACGCUAACGUCAUCUCCAACAUCGACGCCGGCAGAAACGAAAAGUACGACACACAGCUGGGCAAGCUGCCAAAACUCUGCUCCAUCCACCAAACCCGCUACAUCGAGGAAGAAGAACAAAUCUGCUUCACAAGGCGUCCAUUCCCAGUCUGCAAAUGCCAACAACGCGGCUCAUUGAACAAACAAGUGUCCGUACACUGCGUGCCAAAAAGUCAGGUCACCAACAUGUGGAAACAACAAAUCGCCGAAGGAUUAAGUCCCAGCUUCGAAAAUAAACCGGAAAGCAAGUUGAUGCAAAUUGCCCUACCCCAAUCUUGCUCUUUGUAAUGAAUUUGCCGUUUUACUUUCAAUAAAAUAAAACUAAUGUUA